AUGUAUGAGGAAGCUGACGGAGACUAUGUUGAAUAGACACCUUCAGAUGAUGGGCUGGAGGAUGUGGAAGUCAUUGUGAACAAGGAAAAGCAAUAUCAACAGGAAUUGCUGCAAGUGCUAAAGUAGAAGGAGGGCGAACAUAAGGAAUUACGACAGGAAUUAGGAGAUAUCAAGAGCAAAAUAUAGCAAAUCUAAUUAAAGUGUAUUAGAGAGUGA